CAUUGUUGCCACCACUGGUCUUGCUUGGCGCUCUUUCUUGUUGUCGCAUCAAUUUCGCAAAUAUUUUUGCUGUUUUGCUGUAAAGAAAAAUCAACUAAAAUGAUGGAACCCUUUGAUCCACGCUCCAUCAUCAACGCCAGCAUGAUGAAAGAGUUUGCCGCCCAGACCAUCAGCAUUAUGGUGAGUGUGGAUAGUGUCGCCGGCUCCACACUGCUGGCCACUUCCACGGACAAUCAAAAGCUGCGCAUCAAUCUGUCCACCGCUCUGGAUGCCGCCGCGGGGGAUUGGGUCGAGGUGAUUGGUGUGCCCCAUGGUGCUGAUACCAUACGGGCCAAGGAGGUCAUUCAAUUUGGCGGCGAGAAUAUUGAUUUCGAUACGGAUGGCUACAACGGCGCUGCCCAGAUGCUGAACAAUGUCAAAUCGUUCUACCGCUCCGGCUGAAGACGGCCUGAGCGUGCUCGUUGGCCCCUAAUUAGUUUACUUUUCUUUGAAUAAAAUAUAAGCAUA